AAAAUGGUGGAUCACAGAACAUCUUUUAGCUUUCAUUGCGAGGAAAGCGCCCCUUGCUUUCUCAACAACUUAAUCUCUUUCUAAGACUUUGUUUCUCCUUUUUUUUCUCUCUUUUUCAUUUCUUUGUUGAAUAGCAAAAUUUUGAUCAUUCAACAUUUUUUGAAAAAUUAAAAAUUAAAAAAUUUGUAGUGGCGGCGACACCCAAGAAGAGAUCAUCGGCCGCUGGAACAACCAUGAAAUCCCGGCUUUUUGUAUUAUGGUAUUAAUUAAGAACCAAGAUUGUUCUAUAGUGAAGAGAAAUUAAAGAGAGGCCGGUAGGCGAGAAUCGUUGGAUCCUUACGCUUUUAUUAAGAUUCUUGUGCGAAUCAUAUAAAAAGGAGAGAAUGCUUGGUGAAUGUAUGGGUAGCCAAAAUAGGUUGUCAGAAAUCCAAGGUGACAACCGAAUGUCUCUCCCUCCGAAAGGACCUUCUCAAAGUGUGUACUUUGACCCAUUAAACAGUGAAAAACAGGUGAAUAUGUCAAGAUGUUGUUCAACAGAUGAAGAGCCACCACCUUGGCUUGACGAUCUCUUGAAUGAGCCAGAAAGUCCUAACAAUAAAGCUCAUCGACGUUCAGCAAGUGACUCUUUUGCAUACACAGAUGAGGUAUGGUUAAGGACUGUUAUCGGGGCACCUUAUUGUACAUUCCAAAUGCCUCGAUAUUCCAAUGGAACUCCUCAACCAGGAUCAUUUAGCAGCAACAAGUCGACUUCUGGAAAUAAUAAACAGCAGCAGGAUAAUAAGUUGGGGAAAUUACCCUCAUCUUCAACUUGUUUAUCAUUACCAAAUGAUGCUGAUUGUCAGGCCCUAGGUAUGUCUUGUUCGCCUGAACCAGAUAGGGGGGUAAGGUUAUCAGGGACUGAACCAGAAACGGAAAUUUCUACUGACUGCUCUCACUUUAAACCACCUUCCACAUUUAAUAAUAAUACUGAUGCAAAACGUAAACAGCAUAAUGCUCGAAGGUCACGUGUGAGGAAGCUUCAAUACAUUGCAGAGCUGGAGAGAAAUGCUCAAGUCUUGCAGGCAGCAGGAGCUGAAGUAUCAGCACAGCUUGAAUUCCUGGACCAGCAAAAUCUUAUACUUGGGAUGGAGAAUAGAGCUCUAAAGCAACGUUUAGAGAGUUUAUCACAGGAGCAUUUUAUCAAAUCAAUGGAACAGGAAAUCUUAGACAAAGAAGUUGCUAGGCUUCAGUACCUGUACCAACUGCAGCAAAACAUGAGCCAUCAUCAACAACGCCAACGACAGAAGCAAAAUCAUCGUCGUGGCCGGAGUUAUAAUGAUGUUGAUUCUCAGCUUUCCAAGCUCAGUUUACAUCCUCCUAAAGCUGUUGCUGCCACCGAUACGGCGCUUCAGUAAACCCAAUAUAUGCUCCACACUCUCAUCUUUUACUGUAUGUAUGUAUGUAUGUAUGUAUGUAUGUAUGUAUAGCCAUAUAGCCAAUGUGGGUUUUACAAGAUUGUUAAUUAGCAACUUUGCCUAUGUAAAUCAUUCAUGGAAGAUCCCCAACUACUCUCUUUAUACAGAUGUAUUGUAUUAUUAAAAGGAGGAUCUAUGUAGCUACCAAUUGUAAAAAGUAUGUUUGUUAUGUGCUUGUCAUUCAGGUUUA